CCUGAGCGCGUGUGAGGAGCCGCCGCCGCUGCCGCUCGGGGUACCCUUGAGCCCCAGAUUCCCCAGCGCUCGGCUCGUAUGGCAGCCGCCUCGGCAUCCGGACCCGCGGCCCUCUAAGGGGCGGCCCCGCGGCCCGGCCCAGCCCUUCGGCGGAGCCCGUCGGAUCCGGCCCCGCUCUUCGCCCCAGGGAGCUCUGUCUCCGAGCCCGAGGUGAGGACCGCGAGGGCAGAGGCGCGCUGGGCAGGGGGCGCUCAGAAGAUCCCAGGCCCGGCGCCGUGGCUGAGCCGAGAGCGGCGGAGAUAGGAAAGGGCCGUGAGAGCAAGUCCUACGAGGAGUCGGGGAUGCGGGGCUGGGAAUUCUUGCCGCCGGGAACCGGCCCCCGCGUCCCCUCCGUCCUCGAGGCCGCCUCUCGGCGCUGUCCCAGUCCCCGCAGACUCCGUCCCGACUGCGUUCCCAGCGCCGGCCCAUCCUCGCCCAGACCUUUCUCCAGUCUGUCCAUCCUUCACCUCCCUCCCGCAGAGCCUGCUCCCGGUCCCUGUCUCCAAUUCCUUCGCCUGCUCAAACCUUCUUCGCCCCCGCCCUCUCGCUGCCCUCACCUCCUUCUUCUGUCUGGACGCCCCUUUACCCCCUCGGCUCCUGUCACUCGGAACUGGAAUCCAUGCCACUAUCCCCGUGUCCGGCCGCCUCCCAGCCUGUGCCACCCAACAGGUGUCUGCACGCCCGUCCGUCCGUCCGUCCCUCCCUCCUGGGGCUGGCGCUGACCAUGCCCAGCGGCUGCCGCUGCCUACAUCUCGUGUGUCUGUUGUGCAUCCUGGGGGCACCCGUUCAGCCUGCCCGAGCCGAUGACUGCAGCUCCCACUGUGACCUGGCCCACGGCUGCUGUGCUCCUGACGGCUCCUGCAGGUGUGACCCAGGCUGGGAGGGGCUGCACUGUGAGCGCUGUGUGAGAAUGCCUGGCUGCCAGCAUGGUACCUGCCACCAGCCCUGGCAGUGCAUCUGUCACAGUGGCUGGGCGGGCAAGUUCUGUGACAAAGGCUUCCAUGGGCGUGACUGCGAGCGCAAGGCUGGACCCUGUGAGCAGGCAGGGUCCCCGUGCCGGAAUGGUGGGCAGUGCCAGGAUGACCAGGGCUUUGCCCUCAACUUCACAUGCCGCUGCCUGGCGGGCUUCGUGGGUGCCCGCUGUGAGGUAAACGUGGAUGACUGUCUGAUGCGGCCUUGUGCUAAUGGCGCCACCUGCCUGGAUGGUAUUAACCGCUUCUCCUGCCUCUGCCCUGAGGGCUUUGCUGGACGCUUCUGCACCGUCAACCUGGAUGACUGUGCCAGCCGCCCAUGCCAGAGAGGGGCCCGCUGUCGGGACCGCGUCCAUGACUUUGAUUGUCUCUGCCCCAGUGGCUAUGGUGGCAAGACCUGUGAGCUGGUCUUAUCCAUCCCAGAUCCUGCCACCACAGCAGACAUCCUCCCAGGGCCCACCUCAGCUGUGGUGGUACCUGCCACCGGGCCUGUCCCCCACAGCGCGGGGGCCGGUCUGCUGCGCAUCUCUGUGAAGGAGGUGGUGCGGAGGCAAGAGGCCGAACUGGGCGAGUCUAGCCUCGUCGCUGUGGUGGUGUUUGGGGCCAUCACUGCCAUCCUGGUCCUGUCCACAGUGUUGCUGACCCUGAGGGCCUGGCACCGGGGUGUCUGUCCCCCUGGACCCUGUUGCUAUCCUGCCCCGCACUAUGCCCUGGCACGCCAGGACCAGGAGUGUCAGGUUAGCAUGCUGCCAGCAGGACUCCCCCUGCCGCCGGACCUGCCCCCCGAGCCUGGGAAGACCACAGCACUGUGAUGGAGGCGGGGGCUUUCUGGCCCCCUCCUUCAUCUCCUCCAGUGCUCAGACUGGAGUGGUCCUUUCUCAGCACCCCUCAGCUGGGGUUCACACACUGGGGCACCUCAGCCUCACACCAGAAAUAUUAUUUUUUUAAUACACAGAAUGUAAGAUGGGAAUUUUAUCAAAUAAAACCAUGGAAGUGCA